AUUCUGGGAAAGGGAAAGAGAGCAAGCGAGUGAGGGAGGGAGCAGGCGCGGGCAACAGCAUGUGUGAUGAGCAAUAGCGGCGAACCUUACAGAUACUGCUAACUACCCCGGUGUCUGUUUGUGUGUUUGAGUGUGUGUGUGUGUGUGUCUGUGUUUGAGUGUGCGUCCGUGAAUGUGUAUGUGUGUGUGUGUGUAAGAAGGAAGGAGGGGGAGAGAGAAAGAGAGAGAGAGAGGGGAGGGAGGGGAGAGGGGGGGGGAGAGAUAAGAGAGAGUGAAAGAGAGAGGAGGAAAAAGGAGAGGAGGAAGGAACCACAAGGAAGAAGGGGACAAUACAAUCAUGCUGUGCUGUAUGAGAAGAACAAAACAGGUUGAAAAAAAUGAUGACAUUGACCAAAAGAUUGAACAAGAUGGCAUCAAACCAGAAGAUAAAGCUCAUAAGGCAGCCAUCAAAAUUCAGGCUAGCUUCCGUGGACAUAUAACAAGGAAAAAGCUCAAGGGAGAGAAGAAGGGAGAUGCCCCAGUUACUGAUGUUGAAGGUGGAGAGAAGAAGGAGGUCCUUGCCAAUGGUCUGGCAGAUGGCAAAACUGCUAUUACAGAAAUCGCUCCAACUGAGAAUGCCCUACCUGGAGAUGAAAGCAAAGGGGAAAACACCCCAGCAGAUGAAAAGCAGGCAGAUGGCAUUGCCAACAGUGGUUCAGAGCAACCUAUUCCAAAGGCCACUACUCCUGCUACUCCAUUGGAGGAAAAGCCUGAUCCUGCUGCCACUGAAAGUGCCACUAAAGCUUCCACUGAUAAUUCACCAUCCUUGAAGGCUGAUGAAGCCCAAGUCAAGGAGGAACCCAAACAAGCCGAUGUGCCUGCCACUGCCACCACUGCCGUCUCCCCUAGUGCUGCAGAAGAUGCUACUGCCAAGGCAACAGCGCAACCCCAAACAGACACGGCAGUGAGUAGCCAAAAUGAAGAGAAAACAGAUGCUGUAGAAGAAACCAAACCUUCUGAAAGUGCCCUGCAGGAAGAAGUGAAAGAAGAGGAGAGCAAGGCGGACCAAGAAAAUGCCUGAACCUUAAGAAAUGACUUCCUCUUGCCCUUCCCCCCCUCCUUUUUCCUGUAUCUUCCCUCCCUUCCUGGUUUCAAUCUUCUCCCUCUUUCACCUGUAAAUCUGUCUGUCCUCUUUCUCCCUUUCUACCCCUUCCACCUCUAUUCUCUCUGUGUGGCAAACAUUUAAAGAAAAAAAAAAAGCAGGAAAAAUCCCAGUCAAACAGUGUGGCUUAAACAUUUUGUUUCUUGGUGUUGUUAUGGCGAGUUUUUUGGUAAUGAUGAUUCAAUCAUUUUGGGAAAAUUCUUGCACUGUAUCAGAAUUGUUUGAUCUGCGCGUGUGUGUGUGUUUGUCUGCCCACCACGAGUGCGCUCUUUCUCUCUCUCUCUUGCCUCCCCUUUUCUCUAUUCCAAGUGUGUGUGCAAUGUUAUGUUCCUCUGAGGAGUCCAAACCUAUUGAGUGAGUUAAAAGAGAGGGAAAAAAAAGAACAAACAUUUUUCUUUUCUCCCCAUUUCAAUGUGAUGAUGGAAUGAACUAUAGGAGACACAACAAACAAAGCAAAAAAGAGAAAAGGGAAAAACACAGAAUGAGAAUACAAGCCCAGUUUGUUUAAUAAAAUAAAAUAAAGCAAAUGUGCCAAUUAGCGUAACUUGUGACUCCCGGCUCCUUUUUCAAAUUGACAAAUGAUAAUAAAGGAGAAGAAUUAUGAUGA